AUGACUUCUUUUAUCUGUAAAACACGUCGAGCUUGUAAUCUUGAUACAAGCUCUGAAGCAACAGUCUAUUGUGCACAAUGCGAUUCAUUACAAUGUGCGCUAUGUGAACAACUAGUUCAUGGGGACUUUAAUGAUGAAGAACAUGAACGACUAAAUUUAACUCAAAUUGAUGGUGAAUAUUGUUCAAUAGAUGAACAACAUUCAGCAAUCUUUUACUGUACGACAUGUAAAGUAUCGUUCUGUCAUUCAUGUCAUGAAACUCAACAUGAUAAAUCAGAUGGGCGUGUGCAUAAACUACAGAAGUUUCGACAAAUUCCAGUCUCAACAACACAUAAAACGAUCACCCAGCAUCUCCAUAACAUGGAAGGUGGUCACUCAUCGGAUGAAAUAUCUUUGAAGAACAACCGAAAUUCGAACUCUUCAGCGCCUUUGUUAGGAGACAUACAAUUGAUGUCCUCAAUACUACAACAACCGAUUGUCUCACCUCUACAUCAGAUUCAAACUCAAAUGAACAAACAGACUAGUAAUCGUGAUAAACACACUCAGGCGAAUACCGAACAGUCCACUAAACCAGAACCUGAUAUGAAUGAUACGCUUUUCCUUGUCGACGCCCAUGAACAUCUCACUAUCAACAAUGAAGACGAGUUCGUUCGACUUCUCAACGCUCCUUCUAAAGAUCUCCCUGUCAAGUGCGUUUCCAUCAUCGGAAACACGGGCGACGGAAAGUCUUUCACACUCAAUCAAGUCUUCUUCAACGGUCAAGAAAAGUUCCCCACGUUAUCCACAGCUGAAUCGUGCACUAUGGGCGUGUGGGCAGCACUCGACGAGAACCAUCGCACGCUCGUCUUCGAUACCGAAGGUCGACUCGGUCUCUCACAAAACGACAACAUUCGCAACCGACUGCUGCUCAAGAUUCUCUGCAUCAGCGACAUUCUCAUCUUUCGAACACGUGCACCCAAACUACCCAACGACAUGUUCCAGUUCUUGUCAGAUGCAUCCAAUGCAUUUCUCAAAUACUUUCGCAAAGAACUCGAGAAUGUCAUGCGAUCGUGCAAAGUGGAUGGACCGAUCUCGACUGUGGGACCCACACUGAUCGUGUUUCAUGAAACACAACACACUGAAGUGUUGAGAGAUCACUUUCAAUGCCAAAAGACAGCUGUUGAACAGUUGAAAGAACGGUUCGAGAAGAUGAAGCUGUCAUACGAUGCAUACAAUUCGAUCGAGUAUGUUGGCAUUCAGACGUUGGGCGGUAAGCAAACGGAUUUUAGCGAGCUGAAAGCAGCAAUCACAUCAGUACUCGAAAACAACAAGAUUCGUUCUCCACGGCGUUUAUCGACUGUUUUCAAGUCUUUAAAGGCAUUGAAUGAAAAAUUCAAUCAUGCAGUUCCACCAGAAAUGCCGUCUGUUCUACCAGACGAUUUUUUCACAUGUUGCACUAAAUGUUUAUCUUGUGGAGCUAAAUGUACAUUAACAGCCAAACAUCAACAAGAGAAUAUUCCUCAUCAAUGUCCCGAACAAUGCUUUUACGAUAAAGAAUUAGAUAAUGAAAUAUUAAAAUGUCUACAAUGUCAUCGCAAUGGACAUGAUACUGUUGUGCAUGGGAAAUUAACGGCAGCAAAUGAUACUCUUGUGCAAGGAAUAAUCAAGUAUAUGUGGUCAGGUUUUGUUAUUGAAUGUCCGAAGCAUGGUGAAAUCUAUCGUUCACGACAGUUCUGGUACGGAAAUAACGAGCCAAAAGAUAAGACUCAUACUGAAGUUACUCAUGUCUGGCCAGGAGAUAGUAACAGUCGACGAACAAGUGAUGUAACACCAAGAAAAUUAGUCGAACUUCUUCGUAGUGCUGGAAGUUGCUUGUUAGCUCCGAAAAAGAUGUUAACAGAAAUGGUAACUGAUCAGAUCGCACCAACGUAUUGGGCGUCAAAUAAAGAUGUACACGAGUGUUCAUCGUGCAAACUACAAUUUGGUUUAGAGUACUCCAAACAUCAUUGUCGAGCAUGUGGAUAUAUAUUCUGUGACACGUGUACAACACAUCGUGCAAUUGUUCCAUUACUUGAAACUACAACACCUGAACGUGUCUGUGAUCAAUGCUUUCGUAAAUUACAAUCACAGACACUUUCAUCAAUUUUUCAAACUAAUGAUGCCAAUUCACAGCGAAUGAAUUCCCUGGAUUAUGAAAUAAGUGAUAACGACAAUACAAUAAAUCCUACGUCGUACAGCAUUCCAAUGUCUAGGCGUUUCUUGGAACUUGUCACGAAUAAUGCUGCACCAGUAGUGUACGAUUAUCCUAUAGAAGUGAUCAAAGAGCACACUCGACCAAGUUAUUGGCGUCCUGAUAGUGAAUGUCACAAUUGUUUCAUAUGUAAACAUUCAUUCAAUAAUACUACGCACCGAUUACAUCAUUGUCGCAAAUGUGGUGAAGGUGUAUGCGAUAAGUGUUCACCAAAUAAACGUGCUGUACCCGAGCGGGAUUGGAUGACGCCCGAACGUGUAUGUAAAACAUGUGAUCAAAUGAUUGAUGAUUAA